AGUUGGUAUUCCUGUGAUUACUCCGUCCUCCCCUUCAUUGUUGCUGUUUUGCACCCGGUGUGUUUGCGUUUUUCGUUGUUUCUCGUAAGAAGUUUCACAGAAGGUUUCAGGAAGUAACUUAAGCAUAUCCUUGAUUUCGAUUGUUGGUUAUAACGGAGGAGGUGGAGGGGUGUAGUAGGCGAGGAAGAUGGAAAAUUUGGAGGAGGUAUUACAGGCUCUCGACGAAUUUCAGAAAAUGCGACCAACUGAGAUACCGCGAGAAUUGGAAGAUUAUCUUUGUUGGGUCGCGAAAACAGGUGAUCCGGUUUAUCAGUGGUCUAUGAUAAAAACACUUUUUAGAGAAAAAUUAACUCGCGUAAUGACAGAUUUCUAUGAAAGCUGUCCAACUUUGGAACUUGCACCAUGUCCUAAUGUUGAACACUUCAAUUAUGACACAAUGAAAAACAAUCUUUUGGAACGAUUAGAAUCCUUUGCUAAUGCACCAUUUACCGUUCAAAGAAUCUGUGAGCUUUUAACUGCACCAAGGAAAGAGUAUAAUCGUGUAGACAAGUUCAUGCGUGCUAUUGAGAAAAACAUAUUGGUGGUAUCUACGAGAGAACCUGGCCCAAUAGCACGACGCAGCGAAAAUGGAGAUAGCAUGGUCAAUGGGUCCGUAGAUGAUGCUGCACCUGUAACACAACCACCUCAAGACGUUGAAAUGGAAUAUUGGGAAAAAGAUUGUACUUCCACCGUAACCAUAAGUGUACAUACUGUGGAAAAUGAAACAUCUCUAUUGCAAACCGUUAUUCCAUCGGCAACAGUAGUCAAAAGUGUAUUUGGUACGGAUGAGAAUCAAGAAAAAGAUACUUUAUCCUCGUCGAGAUCAGAGGGAGGUGUGGUAUCUAAUUUCAUUGAAACGUCAUCUGAAUUUUCAUCCGUCACAAAUCUAACCUCUCAAGUACAGGGACAGGAUUCAACGGCUAAUUCAGGUAUGCAAAAUUUAUCUACGAUAACUACUGAAGCUUCAUCAGGUAUCGUUAAUGAUGUACCAGAGGCUAUUAUGAACGAAGAUACGAGUUCACAACCAAGUUUAGAUUUAGAAGGUGAGGAUAGUGAUGUAACAGAUUCAACAAAAAAAUUACAAACAACAUUUCAAGCUAAAGACUUUUCAUUGGGCGACUCGAAAAUACCCAAAUUUUGUUUAGAUGAUUCUAAGGUGAUGAAAGAUAAAAUAAACAGUGGUGGUACAUUGGUUAUGGAUACAGAUGAUGAACAAACUAAUCCAAUGACAACUGAAGAAAUAAAAACAAGCAGCUCUGAAUUAAAGACAGUUAUAACCACAGAUAAUAAUACUGCCAUUUCAAAUACGAUGGUGGUAGAAGAAAAAAUGACAAAAACGGAUGAUAUUGACGACAAAGAUGAUGAAAAAUUACAUUCAAAAUCUGAUAUUACAGACGCUGAAGAUAAUGUUCAUAGAAAUAUACAAAGCAUAGAUGGUAGAAAAGUAUUAACAUUAGAUAAUAAUAAAAGUAUUGACAAUUCUUCUUCCAUUGACGAUUCAGAAGAGAUAAGAUGUACAUCUGUAAAAUCAUAUGAAUUGGAGACAGAUGUUACAACUACUUCUGAUGAAACAAAUACCUCAUUAAUGACAAGUAAUACUAUGGUUUCAGGAAUGUUACAACAAAACAUUGAAGAUUCUAAAGAAAUUCCCAUGGAUACUUCUACUAAUGAAAUGUUAGAUACUGAAGAAGAACAUGCAAAACAAAAUACUGAAGAAGCUACAGAAUUAACAACGGAAGAUGUUAAACCGGUUAUCGAAGAUCCAGAUACAAAAAGCAGUGAUAGCACGGAAAAUAUUAAUAAUUCUAAUAAUGACAAGAGUGGUGUUACUAUAGUGGAAGCUUUAGAAGAUGACAACAAAGUUAUGAAAUCCAUAGUACCUGAUCCAAUUCCUAUUAUAGAAGAACCUAAAGAUCCAGAACCUCAAUCAAGAAAACUAGAUGAUUUGUCAACAACACCCGUGGAGAUAGAAGAGAUCAAAAAUGAUGCGUCAAAUAUUAAUUGUCAAUCAUCACCAUCAAUAAUAAAAGACAAAUUCAUUUCUAACAAGAAUCAUGAUUUAGAAGAUAUUGAAGAUAGUACGACGGUGUGUAAAAACGAAUGUGAAUCAAUGGAAUUGAUGGAUGUAGAUGACGAUGAAUCAUUAUCAAUGUUUCAAGGUGAACCAAUGGAACAGGAAACAAUAGAGCUAGCCAAAAGUUAAUGUAGAAUGUAUAAAAUAAAUAUUGGUUUUUUUUCACAAAUCAUUUCUAUUUUAACUACUACUACUACUACUAUUACUACUACUACUACUACUACAUACAACCAUUGAAAAAGCAGAAAUUCAUGCGAAAAAUAAACGUGCACAC